AAGGCUGACCAAGAGUGGAUGAGGGUCUUGAGUGAACAGGAUUUUUUUUUUUUUUUAAAAUCUGAGAUGUUUUUCUUCAGACAGUGUCUCCUACAGCACCCAUACGGCUCUUUAUCAGUUUCCUAGGUACUCAUUAGAAAAUUAUCUGUCACACAGUAUUUGCAGCAACAAUUACCAGCGAGUUCUCAACUAAUUGACUUCAGAGAGGGUUCCAUGGGGUGUAGGCAACUGCUGCCUUUGCUCACUGUAACUAUCUCAUUUUGGGUUGGGAGUAAAAACUUAAAUCACUAAACACUUGAUAUAAUAGGGCUCUCACCUUACUCUGAAGAGAGCACACACUAUAUACAUCAAAACUUAUUCUCUCUUUAGAGUAACCAGACAUUCAAAAAUAAGCCUAAACUCCCUCCCCAACUUUAGACACUCUCAUGACCUUCAGGAGAGACUCUCCAAGCCCUCUUUUGCUACUAGAUUGGAGCUAAUUGGACAGGCCUGCUCUCACUUUCAACACUUCUCAGGGGCUGCUCAGCACCUUACAGUAUCAGCUUGUUUGUGCUCUUGCCUAGUCAUGCCCCACUGUAAUUUCUUUCUUUCUUUCAGCGAGACUUUCAAAGGUCCCCACAGCCAAAAGCCAAACUAGAAAUAUUGUUCUUUAAAUCUGACCUUUAGUCCUUAUGGCAAUAUAUAACUUCUUAAAUAGCCAGACCUUAACUGAAGAAGGGGCCUGAAGUACAAAUCCAAAGUUUGCGGAUAUUCAGCUGCGACAUUUGGCUCACACCUAUCUCUACCUAUAAAUACCAAAAGAAAACCAGAUCCUUCCUUCAUUUCUCCCCAAAGGGAUACUACUCCCAAAUACAACAGGAUAUGCUAGCUCCUUAAAUCAGGUUUUGGAUCAACUUCUAACCUGUUCCUGGCGCCAGUUCAGAGGAAUACUGGGAUUUGUAGUUCCAAAGGCUGAUAAGAGUUGCAGGCUCUGAGGCAAAGCAUGCUGGGAAGGAGGUGGGUUGUGUUUAGGGAGUUCCCUUUCUUCAGACUAGUGAUAGGCUGGGAGUAAUAAAGCUGGGGAUAACCAUACAAAUUGGAUUACUUUAGAAGGAAACUCAAUGAGAACAGGAUGGCUGGAGAAACUAUCCUAGGUAGGGGAAAGUUUGUUUAUUUUGGGGUGGGAGUAUAAUCUUGGAAAGGAUGAAGAUUCCUAGGAAGUAGAACAGGAGGUGGCCUUGGGCAGUGAAGCAUAGAGGGCAUGAGGUCUGGCUAAAUGCUUCUUUUUGGGGUGGCCUUAAGGCUGAAGUUCCUGGUGCUGGUAGAUAGUCACUCCUCACUGCACUUUGUCAAAGGACACCCGCUUGUGCAGACUCUUGGUGAAGAGCCUGUGGCACAGAAACAGAGCAGGAGGGGGAACAGGGGGAAGAAUUCAAUUUGGGCUUUUGUUAGCCUGAGGAGAAGCUAGCUGUAGCAAUAAAUGUAAAACAAAUAGAAAGACUAUCUCUUCCUCUGGAUGAAGUAAGAACUGAGGAGGAAAGUUGCCUGCUGUCUUACUCAAUGACAAGGGGUCUCGUCUGCUCAGCUGCUUCCUAUCAGAUUAUACUGGAGCUGGAAUUGCUGGUUCCAGAGAGGAGCUCUCCAAGACUUCCCAUGCAUAAUUGCUCAGAAAUGAUUGUCACCUAAGAAGUCAGCUAUGGCAAACAGGAAACGUCAAAGCACUACAACCAACAUGCUGGAUCACAGGGUGAUACCUUGCCCUAUUUCAUCUCACCAUAGGGAGCCUGAAAGUGAGGAAAAUGACCUGCCUAGUGAAGAUUACAUAGCAAAGGAGGCAGAGCUAACAGCUAUCAGAGAAGGUAGCCCUACCCCUGUGGAACACGAGUGCAAUGAUAAUAGUGGAGAUGGCGAUUCCAGCUCUGAUUAUGUGAAUAAUACCUCUGAAGAGGAGGACUAUGAUGAAGGCCUGCCAGAGGAAGAGGAAGGGAUCACAUACUAUAUUAGGUACUGUCCAGAGGAUGACAGUUAUCUGGAAGGAAUGGACUGCAAUGGGGAAGAGUAUGUACCUCAUGAAGAACACCAAAUUGAAACUGAUGAAUGUCAAGAAGCUGUGGAAGAAGAAUGGACAGAAGCUAACAUCCAACACCAUGAUGAAAGUGAAGUGACAGAAGGGCAAGACUACCAAGAUAACUGUGUUCAGAUUUUGGAGGAUGAAGUAUCUUCUUUGGAAAUUCAAGACCAAGAAGAAAACAUACAAUACGGUCAAAAUGAAGAAAGCUAUCAGGAUUAUUAUCCACCAGAAGCUAAUGGAAACACUCAUGGGAUGUCGCCCUACCAUUCAAGGAAAGAAGAUGCUGAGUUGGAGGAGCAGGAAGAAGACAUUGACCAGAUUGUAGCUGAGAUUAAAAUGAGCAUGAGUAUGAGCAGCAUUAACAGUACAACAGAAAUGAGCCCUGAUCAUGGCGGGACUGAAAAUGUGCAAAAUGACUAUAAAGAGACUUGUCCAAAAGGUGAUGCUGGUCAUAGUACCAACAGACAUGAAGGGAGGCCAAAAUCAUUGAAUAUUCCACCUUCUUCAAAGCAUGUUGGAGAUAUGCCUAGAGGUUUUAAAACAAAGUCAAGAACUCCAGAAGACAGACAGAAAUGGCCACAAGAACAGGUGUGCAAUGGUUUAGAACAGCCAAGGAAACAACAACGUUCUGACCUAAAUGGACCAAUUGACAACAAUAAUGCACCAGAGACAAAGAAAGUGUCUUCAUUUCCAAGUUUUGUUGAUGUUCCAGGACCCUGUGAACCUGAAGAUCUCAUUGAUGGAAUCAUCUUUGCAGCCAAUUACUUGGGUUCUACACAGCUGCUCUCAGAACGUAACCCUUCCAAAAAUAUAAGAAUGAUGCAAGCUCAAGAGGCAGUGAGCCGUGUCAAGAGGAUGCAAAAGGCGGCUAAAAUCAAGAAAAAAGCGACUUCUGAGGGAGAUUCCCAGGCUUUGACUGAAGUGGAUCUGUUCAUCUCCACACAGAGGAUUAAAGUUCUGAAUGCAGAUACACAGGAAACUAUGAUGGAUCAUGCGUUGCGCACAAUCUCAUACAUUGCUGAUAUUGGUAACAUCGUUGUUUUAAUGGCAAGACGCCGGAUGCCAAGGUCUGCUUCUCAAGACUGUAUAGAGACGACACCUGGUGCCCAAGAAGGAAAGAAACAGUACAAAAUGAUAUGUCAUGUCUUUGAAUCUGAGGAUGCACAGCUGAUAGCUCAGUCAAUUGGUCAGGCUUUCAGUGUGGCCUACCAGGAGUUUCUGAGAGCCAAUGGAAUUAAUCCAGAGGAUCUCAGUCAGAAAGAAUAUAGUGACAUAAUCAAUACCCAGGAAAUGUAUAAUGAUGAUCUUAUACACUUCUCCAAUUCAGAGAACUGCAAGGAGUUGCAGCUAGAAAAGCAGAAGGGAGAAAUUCUCGGGGUUGUGAUUGUGGAAUCAGGAUGGGGAUCCAUCCUACCCACAGUUAUCCUGGCUAACAUGAUGAAUGGAGGCCCUGCAGCUCGUUCAGGGAAACUAAGCAUCGGAGACCAGAUUAUGUCUAUUAAUGGAACCAGUUUAGUUGGUCUUCCUCUUGCAACAUGCCAAGGGAUUAUAAAGGGUCUUAAGAACCAGACGCAGGUGAAACUGAACAUUGUCAGCUGUCCUCCUGUUACAACCGUCCUCAUAAAACGACCAGACCUGAAAUACCAGCUGGGCUUCAGUGUACAGAAUGGAAUUAUUUGCAGCUUGAUGCGAGGUGGAAUAGCUGAACGGGGAGGGGUCCGAGUAGGACAUCGCAUUAUUGAGAUCAACGGGCAAAGUGUUGUGGCCACUGCUCACGAGAAGAUAGUACAAGCCUUGUCUAACUCAGUGGGAGAGAUUCAUAUGAAGACUAUGCCAGCUGCAAUGUUCAGGCUUCUAACUGGCCAAGAGACACCCCUGUACAUCUAGCACAUGAGGCUGUCUCUCUCAACAAAAGAACUAAAUGAUUCCAUCAAAGUUGAAGUCUACACAGAAGCAGCAAGAAUUUUGUAUUUUGUGUGAAUGAAAGGCUUUGAAACAGGACCUGAAGAUUC